AUGGAGACCCACCUGCUCGGGCUGCUCUUCGGCCUCCUGCUCGGUGGCACCAGGGUCCUCGCCGGCUACCCAAUUUGGUGGUCCCUGGCCCUGGGCCAGCAGUACACAUCUCUGGGCUCACAGCCCUUGCUCUGUGGCUCCAUCCCAGGCCUGGUCCCCAAGCAACUGCGCUUCUGCCGCAAUUACAUCGAGAUCAUGCCCAGCGUGGCUGAGGGCGUGAAGCUGGGCAUCCAGGAGUGCCAGCACCAGUUCCGGGGCCGCCGCUGGAACUGCACCACCAUAGACGACAGUCUGGCCAUCUUUGGGCCCGUCCUCGACAAAGCCACCCGCGAGUCGGCCUUCGUGCACGCCAUCGCCUCGGCCGGCGUGGCCUUUGCGGUCACGCGCUCCUGCGCCGAGGGCACCUCCACCAUCUGCGGCUGCGACUCGCAUCAUAAGGGGCCGCCCGGCGAAGGCUGGAAGUGGGGCGGCUGCAGCGAGGACGCCGACUUCGGGGUGCUGGUGUCCCGGGAGUUCGCGGACGCGCGCGAGAACAGGCCGGAUGCCCGCUCGGCCAUGAACAAGCACAACAACGAGGCGGGCCGCACGACCAUCCUGGACCACAUGCACCUCAAGUGCAAGUGCCACGGGCUGUCCGGCAGCUGUGAGGUGAAGACCUGCUGGUGGGCCCAGCCUGACUUCCGUGCCAUCGGCGACUUCCUCAAGGACAAGUACGACAGUGCUUCGGAGAUGGUGGUGGAGAAGCACCGUGAGUCCCGAGGCUGGGUGGAGACCCUCCGGGCCAAGUACGCACUCUUCAAGCCACCCACUGAGAGGGACCUGGUCUACUACGAGAACUCCCCUAACUUUUGUGAGCCCAACCCGGAGACGGGCUCCUUUGGCACGAGGGACCGGACUUGCAAUGUCACAUCCCACGGCAUUGAUGGCUGUGAUCUGCUCUGCUGUGGCCGUGGCCACAACACGAGGACGGAGAAGCGGAAGGAGAAAUGCCACUGCAUCUUCCACUGGUGCUGCUACGUCAGCUGCCAGGAGUGCAUACGCAUCUACGAUGUGCACACCUGCAAGUAG